AUGCGCCGGGUUCGGCGAGCCUCGUUCAGAGUGUCGCGGAGGCCCUGUGCCUCCUCCUCCGCCUGGUUACGGGCGGCGGCGGAGGAAGAGGCUUCGGCGGACAGUUCUUCAUUUCGUUUUCGGAGUUUCUCGUUCUGUCUCCGGAGGAACCUGGCCGUCUCCCUCCGCCGCAAUUUGGAGCAAGAAAUGAGAAGGCCCCAUAAAGCGCGCCGUCAGCCGUGCCCCUACUGUAAUUCGGUCGACCAUAACCCUCUCGACUGCACGGUCGUUGUUGACCGCUCGGUCCGCCGAAGACCACAAAUUGUCACGGCCGGGGAUAGGCUCGGUGACAAUUUGGAGUCGGCCGGCUGGGUUUACCGACUCCUUUUGAGAAUCUUAUAA